AUGGCGUCGGCUAGUGAUCUUUUGUCAACUUUCAAGAAGGAUUUGGAGAAUCUCAAAGACAAUGAUAAAUACAAGAUAAAUGCUUUGACUAUCUUUGCGCGCGAUCAUAAAGAUACCAUUGGGGUUGCUCAGAGCAUUGUGGAUCUUACCCUUAAGCAUGUUCAAAUGAUACCGGCAGGAUUGAAGCUACUUGGCUUGUACGUAAUCGACUCAAUAGUUAAAAACGUAGGUACACCCUACAGAAAGUUGUAUACCGUGGAUAUUGUUGAUGCCUUUGUGCAUUCUUUCCAAUCGAUACGAGAUGAGAAGGGGCGGUUGAAACUGUACAAUUUGAGGACAACAUGGAAAGAUAUAUUUCCAAAUUCUAGGAUGUAUGAAUUGGAUAUUCGAGUGCGUGAGCAUGAUCCAGCUUGGCCUCUCUUAGCCAGCGCCCCUGAAGCGAAAGCUGCGUUUAGAUCUUUACCAAAUGUCCCAAAAAUACAAACUAAAACGGAACCUGUGGUAGUUAGUGCCAAGCAGGAAGCGAAGGAAACUUCUUUGACAACGAAAACCGUCAUCUCAGCUUCACGUGAUCCGCGGCUUAAUCGGAAACGAAAGUCACCCCAAGAAUCUCAUUCAUCUGAAGAGUACCUUAUCGAUCGUUCAGGAGAUCAAAAUAUGGAGUCAGUUGCUCGAAAACAAGGCAAACAGGCGGAUGCUAGUGAGUUGUCUAAGAAGGUUAUGUUGUUCGGUGGUGAGGACUGUGAUAUGCGUUCACAAAACACAAUACCACCUUCUCCCGCUAGAUCAUCAGGUUGGUCAGAUUACAUUGGAAAGCAUAGUGAAGUCUGUUCUCGACGAGAAACGAAAGACAUAGAUAUGCGUUUUGCUCUGUCAGACCCUCCACUUGCCUGUUCUCCAAGUUUCAGUGUUUCUGAGAAGAUAUCGAAAGGACCAUUAGAUGUGUUAGCUAUUAAUAAACCUGACGCCGUACCACCAAUACCUCCUGUGUCCAGGUACGACACAGAAGAACGCCUUCCACCGAGUGAAGUACAGUCUGGAAAAAGUUUUGGUAAUUCUAAUCCAGACAUAAAAUUACGUCCUGAAAUUUUAAAAUCUGAAAAUAUUCCACCUCGAUACUCCAAAGUAGAUAAUUUCGUCCCAGUGAAGGAACAUCAUCCAACACCCCGCAUUACAGAUUUCCCCAGAGAUAGACCACAGUUAAAUUCAUCCUUCCAGCCACCUGCAAUCCCACCUAUCCGUGGGCCACCGAUUCGUGGUCCUGUAUGGAGUGUUGAGAUCAAUGGAUUUCCAGACAUGGUUAAUAUUGGCGUCGAUCCACGAAUGCUUAGUCUUGUAACUCAUCCCAAGCCACCAAGACGGAUAACUAUUGAUGGUCAACAGUUCACACUGUUAUUAGAUAGAGUUCAACCAUUAAUAGCAAUUGGGGAUCGCAUACAUGCUGUACGAUUCCGGUGUGAGUUUGCUACUAUUGUUAUUGAUGGUCAUUGUUUCAACAUUCCUGGCACAGGUUUUACUCGUGUUUCCAUUGGACCUAGAUUCUAUGUGGCAUACCUAGGUGGUCCGGGUCAUGAACUUGUUAUCGAUGGUCGUCCACACACUGUCCCUACAACAUCUCACCUAACUUUUAUAAAUGUCGGUCUUCAUUCAGUCGGUGUAAAAUUUGUUGGAAACGUGCCAAGGAAUGUUAAUGUCUUACCACCUAUUCCUCCUCGUCUACUCAAGUGGGCAGGUCAAGGUUUGUUUGGUUCACCUAAAAAUCUGUUUAUGGCACCACUCAACCCUAUCAAGGAACUUGCACGCCUCGCCGAACACGGAUAUAGCUCAAGAAAUCAUGCUUCUUUUGUAAACAGACCUGUAGGCAAUGGAAAGCGACCGUCACCUAUGCGUCCUACAGAUGCUCCAAAUAGCAGUAACCAAAGUAAUGGACAAAAAUUACCAGAGUUUGUGAACCCUGAUAUCAGUAGUAAGAGCGAAAAAUCUAUACCAAACAAAGAUGAGAGCGCAUCGAAUACAAGUACUCCGCUUAACAUAGAUGUGCAUGAGUUAUUCAAAAAGUUGGUUAAAGCUGGUAUAGUGCCAAGUACAGAACAUGAAAAGAAACCAGAACCUCCUGAGCUAGGGAGCUACAGCUGGGAGCGUUUUAAGAAUCCAUUCGGUGUUGAGAUUGACGAAUUAUAUAAUGGUCACCAAUGUGGUCAGUGUGGUUUGCGUUUCCAAAGUGACCUUUCACCGGAGUUUGCAAAGCACCUUGAUUACCAUUAUAUGAAGAAUUCAAGUUAUGGACAAGAACGACGCAGUCGUAACUUCUAUCAACCAUUACAGUAUUGGUUAAUUAGUGAAAUGACACGAGAGGGCGCCCCUCAAUUCGAGCCUGGUAGUCCGAUCCACGAUUUACAAGAGUACAAAUGCACAGCAUUCGCGGAUCCAUCGAAAAAUGUGUGUGCUGUGUGUUACGAAAGUUUUGAAGUAGUUUGGGAUCAUGAAGAAGAAGAAUGGAUGCUAAAAGAUGCUAUUCGAGUUGAUGACAAGGUAUAUCAUCCUAUUUGUCAAGAAGAUGCAGGAAAAGAAUUCUCAAUUAAAGAUGAAAAGAAAUUUCCUUCACCUGAUCCUACUGAAAAUAAUAAAGAAUCAACUUCCUCACCUGAAGGUGUUAAGGAAGAGGCAGUGGAUGAAAAUGCAUUUACUUGUGAUGAUUUUUCAACGAAUACAGUUAUUCCUGGUCUUUCACCUUCUACCUCUCCACAACAAUGUGAAUCAGAGAUGUUAUCGUCGAAUACGGAACCUGAAUGUGAAUUUAAUACGUCGUUGAAAACUGAAUCAAUUUUGUCCAACUCAACAAUUAGUGCAGAUCCUUUGGCUGCUUUAAAAGCUGUCUUAAAAGGUGAUAUAACUUCACUUAGCGCUCAAUCUCAUUAA